GCUUGACAACACUGUAGCUGUUCUUCCGAUCAAGUAAUACGAUGGCGUCUAAAUCAGGUGCCGAUCUCUGGUCGGAACUGAUAGCAUCCGAAAGAGGCGAAGAUCAUUUCAUGGAAGAAAAUCAGGAAGAGCCACAAAUUGAAGUUGUUUACAGGCGGAAGCAAGUUGAUAUCCCUAUACCUAAUGAUAAUUCUAAGAGGCAGUCCAAUCCCAUUAAUCAAGGGAGGGUAAGUUUCAUUGUCGUUAAGCGAAACAGCAGGAAUCGUUCUCUUUCAAUCAGAGGAAGGACAAGCAUUGCGGUUGCUGCUUGUGCAGAUUACAAUCAACCAAGAGAGAAGCCAAAAAGAAAGAACAAACCUCCUAUUCCAAGAGGGAAAACAGUACAAGCACCGACUUAUGAAAAGGAACAGGCCUACUUUCAAGAGGUUGAUGCAUUUGAACUUUUGGAAGAAAGUCCAUCUCCAAAUAACUCUAAGACUUGGAAUUCUAGUGUCCCAAGUAAAGAUAUCACAAUACCACCUUUGGCUGCAGCACUUCAGAGAUGGCUAAUUUCUAAGAGACGAGAAAGAAGUUGUGUUCCUUAUGCUUCACUGUCGAAGAUACUACAUACUCCUUUUAUAUCGUGUAACCGUAUUGACGAACACCUUCCAUACUCUCCAAUACAUAAGACCCCCCUUUCAAAAUCAUUCAUGUAUAGCAGAUUCAAUGCUGAUGGUUCACAAAAAAGUGACAAUGAAGAAAACCAAUUUAUAAUUGAGGAGGAUUGUGAAGACAUCAACAUUAGGGUGCAGAAAGUCUCUCUAACAUCCAGCCUCAGUUCACUACUAGAUGCUGGUGAAUGGGAUGCAUUUAAAUCUCUCUUGGCAGUUUGUGAGCAGUCAGCUCCUUCAACACUGUUAGAAGUGUUCUCUAAACAUUGUCUUCCAGAGAGCAUUGUAAAGAUUGGUGAAGGUACUUAUGGAGAGGCUUUCAAGGCUGGGGAAACCGUUUGUAAACUUGUUCCAUUUGAUGGAGAUUUACGAGUGAAUGGAGAAAUUCAAAAGAGAGCACAUGAAUUACUUGGGGAGGUUAUACUCUCCCGGACUCUUAAUCACUUGAGGGAAGAGGAAGAUGAAAGUCGUUCUUACAAUUCAUGUCCAACUUUCAUAAGGACUCUUGAAUUAAGCAUAUGCCAAGGUGUGUACGAUGCUGCCCUGGUAACUGCUUGGGAAGAUUGGGAUGGGAAGAAUGGUUCGGAGAAUGAUCAUCCAAAGGCAUUUACAGAGCAGCAGCAUUAUGUAAUGUUUGUCCUCGAAAAUGGAGGCCAAGAUUUGGAAAGUUUUGUGCUGAUGAACAUUGAAGAAGCAACGAGUUUAUUGGUUCAGGUCACAAUUGGCUUAGCUGUAGCAGAAGUUGCUUAUGAAUUUGAACAUCGGGACCUCCACUGGGGGAAUAUUCUGUUAAGAAGGAGCGAUUGUCCAACGCUGCGGUUCAAUCUCGAAGGAAAGCAGAAUUCCAUUGCAACUAGUGGGAUUUUGGUGUCCAUUAUUGAUUUCACACUCUCGAGGAUAAACACUGGUGAAGAUAUCCUUUUCCUAGACCUAUCUUCAGAUCCAGAGCUUUUCCAAGGUCCAAAAGGCGACAGACAAUCGGAUACUUAUCGGGGAAUGAGAGACGUCACCCAGGAUUGUUGGGAAGGAAGCUUUCCAAAGACCAAUGUAUUAUGGUUGCAGUAUUUGGUGGAUAUUUUGCUUCUCAAGAAAUCAUUUGAUCGGAGUACAAAGGACGAAAGAGAACUGCGAUCAUUGAAGAAGCGCAUGAACAGUUAUAAUUCGGCUAGAGAAGCAGCCACGGAUCCCCUUUUCCAAAAUCUGUUAAUGUAUCAAAUUCAAGCCACAUGAAUAUAAUCUGAUUAAUCAGUAUUGUAAAGUAUUUGGAUAAGAAGGAUCUUUCUUCAUCCUAAUCUGUGUAAUAACCCAUCACAACUUCAGUCAAUCCUUAAGGAGCAAGCAUUAAAUCUUUUGUUUAU